AUGGCGUGGAACAAUAGCAGUAACCCGUCGGCGGCCCAGCGACAGCAGCUGCAGCAUCGCCGCCACCGCCAGCACUACCGACUUACCAAGGCUUUUCCCAAGGUGCAGCAGCAGCAACAACAACAACAACAACAGAAUUCUAACGGCACGGCGAUGCCGCCGUCACCAACAUCGUCAGACGACGCCCAUUGCGGUGGCAGUCGUCGCCGCCAGUGGCAGUGGGCUCGGUCGGCUGACUGGGACAUGCAUCGGGCCCGCAUCACAGAGCUGUACCGGGAUCGUGGUCUGCAUCUGGAUCAGGUCAUCGAGAUAAUGGCUCGAGAGCAUGGAUUUUAUGCGAGUCCCCGAAUGUACAAAACCCGCAUCAGCAAGUGGGCCAUCGACAAGAACUACAAGGCGGCUGAUGUGGCUUGCAUGCUGCUUCUGAAGCGUCAGCGCGCAGCUCAAGGCAAGGCUUCGUCGUUUGUCCUGCGCGGCCGCCGUGUCGACUGGGCCAAGAUCGAGCAGUACCUCAAGCGUGACUCUACGCUGCUGCAUCGUCUCGAGGCCGGUGACGACCUGUUAGACCUCGUUCCCGUGCCCAGCCUCUCUUGCUCGGCCUCCUCGUCGCCGGCUUCGUCGGCCUGUUCCUCCGCCCUGCCGCCACUACCACCACCACAUACGCAACAGCAGCAUCAAACACCAGCCGGCAGCGGCUUUUCACAUCUCCACCACUCUCAUACGGCACCGCUGUACACUUCGCUGUCGUCGUCUGCCUCGGCCUCGUCGCCGCCAGCCUCGUCCUCGGCAUCUCCGUCAGCUUUUGGCUACUAUCACUACCCGCCGUCUCUGGUGCCUUUGUCCUCGGUCGCCUCGUCAGUCUCGGUCCCCCCCGGCCUCACAGCCGUCUCUUCUCCCUCACGUGGACUCGCACCUCCUCUUGAGGUCCGCCUUUCCGAGGAGCUCGCCCGGCUGACCCGCGACUACUGUCUCGGUGCCUUCGACAAGGGCCUCUGGGUGCGCGACUCGACAGCCACGGCCGCUAACAACAGCUGCUGCAACUUUGUGUCGAUCCUUGGCAGCCAGGACGGCGCCGACCGGCUGCGACUCUGGGGUCAGAAGAUGCGCCUCGGCCACCAUCUCAUCGGCUCGGGCUCGCUGGACGACGGUUUCCGCCGUGUCGGCCUCUGCAUGGAUGAACUUCGUCAGCACGUUCAGGAGGAGGACCCGUCUCUUCUCUUCCAUCUGAUGGGCCUCACCUUUGGCCACACUCCCAACUUUCGUGCCCUGGCUGCUACCCUCUGUGGCCACAUCCGCGAACUGACCCAUAUCGUCCUCGGCGCCGCCCACCCGUUGACGCGCAUAUUUGUCCGACUUGCCACCGUCGUCACCUCGGACGCCCAUUUCGCCGUCCUCGCCCUGCCUAUGCAGUGUAUGGCCGACCUUUUCAUGGCUCAGGAUGCUACACUCUCACUCUCGCUCGCACGCGCUCGCUACCGCUCCCAGUCGGUGCCCACUGUCGCUGUGUCUGCCGUUGCUGCUUCCUUCUCCGCAUCCCAGAACCACCCCGACAGCCAUCCGCUUUGUGGCCGCUUUUCCCAGUUACUGCUCGGCUCCAAGCGGCCUCUUCGAAUCACCGUUCCCGACAGUUCGGCUGCCGCUGCCGGUGUCACCGCCUCGCUCUCGUCGCCACCCUCGUCGCCCGUUGUCAAGACUGAGCCGUUGCACGGCGGUUCCGCUGCCUCGCCCGCCAUCGUUCGGUAUCCCAUCCGUGGAGCCCUCCCGGCUGAGACCCAGGCCGAGCUGCAGUCCAUGGUCGGCGCCCUUGAGACCUCGCGCAAUAUUCAUGUUCGCAUGCGCUUCUACCACAUAUAUCUGGCUUAUCUCUCGCGCGUCGCUCUGGCUGCUGCUACCGGCUCAGAUACCAACUCGGCCAUUGCAGCCUCCGCCAUGGCCACAAGCAGCCCCGGUGGCACCUCGGUCGUCUAUCACGGAAUGACGACCGACUCGUCUAUCUUGACGUCGUCCCAAGUCGCCACCGCCACAUCAGCUGCCAUCGCUGCCGCCGCUGCUGCCCACUCGCACUCGUCGCCGCCCUUCUUGGCUGCCUCCUCUAUCACACCCGACAGCGGCAGCAACAGCAACAACAGCACCAGCGGUUACCAUGGCAAUAGCGCCUACACCGUCUCCGCCGGCUUCGCCGCAAGCGCCCAUGACUACCGCACCAACCUGCUGACGAUGCGCGAGUCGCAGUACUUUUACAUACUUGGCGUCGAUGUCACCCAGCCCGAGUCUGCGACAGCACCGCCGCUAGCCAGCAUGCCCUCAACACCCACCAUGGUUGUCGCUUCUGGUGUUGAUUAUGGUGCUGAUUCUGGUGCUUCUGCCGACGCCACACCACGCACACUCGUGCCAGUCCCUUCGCACAAAAUUAUGUGUGCCUCCGGACUGGCUACCGAGAUGACUGACGUCCUAAAAAAAGAGGGAGAUUACGACAUGACCGGGAACGAGGCGUCCAUGAGUUGCGAGCUCGAGGACCUCGUCAAUGUAAAGUGGGUUCUGCCAUGA